UAACUUAGCAGAAGGCAACUCGCCCGCGAUUAAUCCUUUCCAGCUACAACAAAUAAUUAAAAUUUUCAGGCGUACUUGUAACGACCACCUCUCGGAAGGACUCCCAAAGCCAAGGCCCUUGAAUAGAUGACCAAAUCCUUCCCAUGGGCUUCCGGCUCCAUCGAGGCGGCCUCUUGUCGACCAUGGGUGUGUUGCUAAACCACAGCCACCUCCAGGUACCUAGGAGGUAGCCAAUCAGGUCAAACAUCCAUUAAAUGGAAGUAUGUGACUGGAAUGCUCGGUUGUCACGUCGAUUUCUACUCAUCUCUUCUACCACUCUUGGUCCAUCUGUCUAAAUUAUUAUGCAUGUUCGAGUUACAUAGAACUGUUUUUCAAUGAGGCUUCUUCAAGUCCAUACGAGAAAAUUGGAAGAGUUUAAUGGAAAUGCAAUACCGCCUUACGCCAUCCUUUCACAUACCUGGGGGAAACACGAAGUAACCUUUCGGGAUGUCUCCAAGUCAUAUUAUAAGAACCGCAAAUUUUGUAUGAAAUUGGAAGGAUGUUGUCGCCAAGCAGCCAAAGAUGGUUUCCACUAUGUGUGGAUCGAUACCUGUUGCAUAGACAAGUCAAGCAGCGCCGAACUAUCCGAGGGGAUCAAUUCGAUGUUCCAAUGGUAUAAAAAAUCAACUGUCUGUUAUGUGUACCUGGCGGAUGUAUCGGCUGAGGACGAUCCCUUUAACACUCCGUCGGAGUUUCGAAAUAGCCGGUGGUUCACGAGGGGUUGGACGCUGCAAGAGAUUCUUGCGCCCACGGAGUUGGUUUUCUUCGAUAGGGUCUGGAAUGAGAUCGAAGUUGAUCGGAUAAGCCGAUCUCCAAGCCCUUCUCGAAUAGACCGGAAUAUCAAUGCACUCCAGAACCAGCAAUACUUCAAUUCACCCGCCCUGCUCAGGCUUCUCUCCGAUAUAACGAACAUACCCAAAAGGGCAUUGGAUACUGGGGAUUUUUCCCAGUUCUGUGCAGCAGCUCGGUUAGCAUGGGCCGCUCACAGGGAAACGAAGCGAGUCGAGGACCGAGCAUACAGUCUUUUUGGUAUUCUCGAAGUCAACAUGCCAUUGAUUUACGGCGAAGGGGAGAAGGCUUUCAUACGUCUCCAAGAAGAAGUCAUCAAGUCGCGAGACGAUGACAGUUUGCUAGCUUGGGGGUAUCGUUCAAUACCAGGGGCGCAUCCCGGCAUCUCUCGCAACGGGGUCCUCGCCCAAUCACCUUCUGAAUUCAGCCAGUGCCACAGUUUUCAAAUACUCGAAAGCGAAGAAACAGGCCCGGAUGUACCGCUCGCGACGUCACAUUCUGCCAUGACCAAUAUUGGCUUACAGACGUCAAUUCCCAUUCGCUCGAUCGACACCAAGAACGGGAUAUACAUUGCAAUUCUGAGGUGUCUUGUUCCUGGGAUAUACGGCUCUAGGAGCCAUCUAGCGGUUCCUCUAGUUCGCACUAAAGGAGGUAGCGAAAACCAUUUCAGUCGCGCGCCCGGCAGCCCGCCUUUUCUUAUACACAGGGAGAAACUGGUCUAUAUAAUCAAUCACUCGAGGCUCUUACGUGUCGCCAGCAGAUUGCCUUUGUUAUGGAAACUCCUCGUCGCGAAGCCAAUCUCAACAUCAAUUUACUUGCGAGAAGGCUCCCCGAAGACACCCGCAACUCCCACUUGGUCAAAAUCAAUGAAAAAUGAUUGCGAGACAAUGAGUCUACAUAUUGAUGAGAUAACAUCGGCAGGCUACGAGAUCGCAUCUUUUUACCCCCCUUGGAUAACCAGGCGGCCAGUCAAUGGAAACCGUAUGGUUCUUCGACUAGGAUCGUCAAAUAAGUCAAAAUUCAUAAUCGUAUUCUCAAGGCCUAGAGAAUUUUCAACUGGAUUUCUAUUUUUCGCGAUAUGCAUAAGCGCAAAGGCUCGCACGAUAGCAAGAGUGGACCACGGGUCAGCUUUGGAGUAUCUUAUGGAACAAGGCCGAGGUCUAGAAAUCAACAUGAACCACCAUGGAACGCAUAGGGAAGAACUUGAAUUGAGCGAAGAAGCCGCUGAUGGGCAUGUUCGAUGUGUCAAUCGCGUAUCAUUCCAAUACAUGUUCGGCGAUGUCCGGAUUAAGUGUAAUGUCGAGCGUGCGUAUACGGAUAUUGGUGACAACGAGCCCGAGCAAGAACAGUCUCCGGGCGCGACGCCCUCAGUCACCUGCUUAGAAGAGAUUGACCAGCAUUCAGUGAGGGGUACUUACCGCUAAGCCACGAUGACAGAGCGAAUAGUAGCUUGACGCUGCAUGCAAUACGACUUACUUUGCAUAUGCCCGAGCCCAAUUAACGGACAAGGCUGGGAGCGAUGACCGCGACUAUAA